CUUGAAAUUUCACUUACAUUUGCAGUUCAUUUCGCAUUGUUGUUCGAAAAAGCCCAACCCCUCCGAGACUUGAGAGAGAAAGAGAUAGAGAGAGACAAACGGACUCAGGCACUCAGUGACUCAGCCAGAAAAAAAAAAGAGAAGAAAAACCCCCCUCUUCCUUCACAACUUUGAAUCUCGCCCUUAUCAACUCCAUGAGAGAGGUCUUCCUGCCGUGAAACGACAGCGUUUGCGCCCCGAAGAAAUGGCCCAAAACCUUGAGCAGCAGCUCAAGGAGGUGGGAUCGAAGCUCGAAACCCCUCAUUCCUCCAAAGACGCUCUCGUGAAGCUCCUAAAGCAAGCUGCAUCAUGUCUUUCCGAGUUGGACCAAUCACCUCCAGCAUCUACAUUGGAGUCAAUGCAGCCUUUCCUUAAUGCAAUUGUCAAGCCAGAACUGUUGAAGCAUCAAGAUAGAGACGUCAAGCUUCUAGUUGCAACGUGUAUUUGUGAGAUAACACGGAUUACUGCACCUGAAGCUCCUUAUAGUGAUGAGGUGCUAAAGGACAUAUUUCAUUUGAUUGUGGGCACUUUUAGUGGAUUGAAAGAUACAAGUGGUCCAUCAUUUGGUAGGAGAGUUGUCAUUUUGGAGACUCUUGCGAAAUAUAGGUCAUGUGUUGUAAUGUUGGACCUUGAAUGUGAUGAUCUGGUGAAUGAAAUGUUCAGUACAUUUUUUGCCGUUGCCAGAGAUGAUCACCAAGAAACUGUUCUAUCAUCGAUGCAAACAAUUAUGAUUGUUCUCUUAGAAGAGAGCGAGGAUUUGCGAGAGGAUCUUUUACUUGUUGUAUUGUCUAUAUUAGGUCGGAAUAGAAGUGAUAUUACCGUGGCUGCUAGGAGGCUUGCCAUGAAAGUUAUAGAACACUGUGCAGGAAAGCUUGAAUCUGGCAUUAAGCAAUUCCUUAUAUCAUCAAUGUCAGGAGACAACAAGUCGGUGAAUCAUCAGAUUGAUUACCAUGAAGUGAUCUAUGAUGUAUAUUGUUGUGCUCCCCAAAUCUUGUCAGGAGUCGUCCCUUACCUAACUGGAGAGCUACUGACUGAUCAGCUAGACACUCGUUUGAAAGCUGUUAGUUUAGUUGGAGAUCUAUUUUCUCUGUCCGGAUCUACCAUCUCUGAAGCAUUUCAGCCAAUCUUUUCAGAGUUCUUGAAGAGGUUGACUGAUAGAGUUGUGGAGGUUCGCAUGUUGGUCCUCCAACAUGUGAAGAGCUGUAUGCUGUCAAAUCCUUUCAGAGCUGAAGCUCCCGAAAUAAUUUCGGCCCUCUGUGACCGGCUGUUGGACUUUGAAGAAAAAGUACGGAAGCAAGUUGUUGCUGUAAUUUAUGAUGUGGCUUGUCAUGCCCUUAAUUCUAUUCCACUGGAAACUAUAAAACUUGUUGCAGAGCGCCUUCGAGACAAAUCUUUGCUUGUUAAAAAGUAUACCAUGGAGAGGCUAGCUGAGAUAUACAGGGCUUAUUGCGCAAAGUGCUCUGAUGGUUCAAUCCUUUCCAGUGAAUUUGAUUGGAUUCCUGGGAAGAUUCUGAGAUGUUUUUAUGACAAAGAUUUCAGAUCAGAUACAAUUGAAAAUGUUCUCUGUGAGUCCCUCUUCCCAACCAAUUUUUCAGUCAAAGAUAAAGUUAAACAUUGGGUGAGGGUCUUCUCAGGAUUUGAUAAAGUUGAGGUAAAGGCUCUUGAGAAAAUACUGGAGCAGAAGCAAAGGUUACAACAAGAGAUGCAGAAGUAUCUGGCACUUAGGCAGAUGCAUCAGGAUGGUGAUGCUCCUGAGAUCCAAAAAAAAAUUAUUUUUUGUUUCCGUAUAAUGUCACGCUUGUUUGCUGACCCUGCAAAGGCUGAAGAGAAUUUUCAGUUUCUUGAUCAAUUGAAAGAUGUUAACAUCUGGAAGAUUUUAACGAAUCUUGUUGAUCCCAACACUAGCUUCCAGCAAGCUUGUACUUUACGGGAUGAUUUGCUUAAGAUUCUGGGUGAAAAACACCGGCUGUAUGAUUUUCUUAGCACGCUCUCUGUGAAAUGUUCAUAUCUACUUUUCAACAAGGAGCACGUGAAGGAAAUUCUUCUGGAGGUUGCUGUACAUAAAUCUACUGCAGAUAUGAAAUAUAAGAUAUCUUGCAUGAAUAUUUUGGUGAUUCUUGCACGCUUUAGUCCAUUACUACUCAGUGGGACAGAAGAAGAACUGGUAAAUUUGCUUAAAGAUGAUGAUGAAACUAUAAAAGAAGGGGUCUUGAAUGUUUUAGCAAAGGCUGGUGGUACCAUACGGGAACAUCUUGCAGUGUCAUCAAGUUCCAUAGACCUUAUACUCGAGAGGCUGUGUUUGGAGGGCAGUCGACGACAGGCAAAGUAUGCUGUACAUGCCCUUGCAGCGAUAACAAAGGAUGAUGGACUUAAAUCGCUUUCUGUUUUAUACAAGAGGCUUGUGGAUAUGCUGGAGGAGAAGACACAUUUGCCUGCUGUGCUACAAUCUCUGGGGUGUAUAGCUCAGACAGCAAUGCCAGUUUUUGAAACAAGAGAGAAAGAAAUUGAAGAGUUUAUAGUAGAAAAGAUUCUAAAAUGUGAUAAUAAAUCAGGUGAUAGUAAAAAUGCGUCGUGGGAUGACAAAAGCGAGCUUUGUUUGCUAAAGAUAUAUGGGAUAAAGACAUUAGUGAAAAGCUACUUGCCUGUCAAAGAUGCUCAUGUUCGCCCUGGGUCUGGCAUUGAUGGUCUGCUGGAAAUCUUAAGAAACACACUUUCUUGUGGAGAAAUAUCAAAAGACAUAGAAUCAAGUUCAGUUGACAAGGCCCAUUUGAGGCUUGCUUCGGCAAAGGCGGUUCUUCACCUGUCAAGGCACUGGAAUCAUAAAAUACCAGUCGAUGUCUUCCACUUAACCUUGAAGACUUCAGAGAUUAGUUUCCCUCAAGCUAGGAAACUAUUCCUGAACAAAGUUCAUCAAUACAUAAAGGACCGGCUUUUAGAUGCAAAAUAUGCUUGUGCAUUCUUUUUCAACAUAUUUGGAUCAAAGUCACCAGAGUUCCAAGAGGAGAAACAGAAUCUAGCUGACAUUAUUCAAAUGUAUCACCAAACAAAGGCGCGGCAUCUCUCUAUGCAAUCUGAUGCCAAUUCCUUGACUGCUUAUCCGGAGUACAUCCUGCCAUACUUGGUUCAUGCCCUUGCUCAUCAUUCUUGUCCUAAUAUUGAUGAAUGCAAGGAUGUCAAAGCAUUUGAAGUGAUAUACCGGCAAUUGCACUUAAUUCUGUCUAUGUUGGUGCAUAGAGAUGAAGAUGUCAAGUCAGAAUCUAUUAGCAACAUUGAAAAGGAGGACAUUUCUGCUAUAAUCUCUAUCUUUCAAAGUAUCAAGUGCUCUGAAGAUAUAUGCGAUUCAGCAAAGUCAAAGAAUUCACAUGCUAUUUGUGACCUUGGGCUAUCAAUUACCAAGCGCUUAGCCCCAAAGGAGAAUGAUUUACAAGGACUGCCUGCAUCUGUUCCUCUGCCUUCUAUGCUGUACAAACCAUAUGAAAAGAAAGAAGGAGAUGACUCUAUGGCCACUGAAGGGCAAACGUGGUUGGCUGAUGACAAUGUGCUGGCUCACUUUGAAUCUCUUAAGUUAGAGACUAGUGAAACGGGGUUUUCAGAAAUUGCAGAAGAUGAGCUUUUGAAAGAUGGUGAAAGAGAUGGAAGUGAGGUGCCUUUAGGAAAAAUUAUUAAACGCAUAAAAUCUCAGAAUUCCAAGGCUAAAAAGGUGAAAAAGAACAAGGCUUCAUCAGCUGAUGCAGAGAAUGCUGAAAAUAGUGUUGAUAUCUUGAAAAUGGUCAGGGAUAUAAAUUUGGAUAAUUUGGAAAAACCUACUAAAUUUGAGUCAAGCAAUGGUCAUGAAAAUUCUCCAAAAAAGAAUUUAAUGGAUCUAAAGUACCAAAAGGGUAACAAAAGAAAAGCUAGUGAUGAAACAUCUGUCUCAGUACCUAAACGGAGGAGGUCGUCAUCCACUCACAGUGCUUCCAGAUCAGCAAGGAGUACUUUAAAGUCUCCUUUAAGUGCUUCAAGGGAUGAUCCACACAAUAGAAAAUUGGUUGAAAUCACUGAGUCUGAUUUGUUGGUAUCGUGCAUCCGGAAGAAUGCUACCUCCUCAUCACAACGUAAAGGCAGAGCCUCUGACCAUGGUCAUAAUGAUGAGGCAAAUGAAGUUGGAGAAGCCAGUGACCAUGAAGAGCCUAAUGUGCUGGAGGCUGACAAGGAUGACCCAAAUAGUGACUUCAAGUUUCCUACAGGACCCAUCAAGAAGAGGAAAAGAAAAAGUAUUCCUGGUUUGGCAAAGUGCAAAUUCAAGGAAGGUGGAAAAGAUGUUGAAGACUUGAUUGGUUGCAGAAUAAAAGUUUGGUGGCCAAUGGAUAAGAAAUUUUAUGAAGGAACAGUGAAGUCUUAUGAUACGUUAAAGAGGAAGCAUGUGAUACUAUAUGAGGAUGGAGAUGUAGAAGUACUUCGCUUAGAAAAGGAACGGUGGGAGCUCAUUGACAAAGGUCGAAAGCCCACAAAGAAAUUUCAUUCUUCAAAGAAAUCCCCUUCAAAAGAAUUGUCACCUGUUCAAAAAAGUAAAGGCAUAGGUGGUUCACGUCAGAACAAGAAAUCAAUUAAAGUAGUUAAAGGGAGAAGAACGCCGAAUAAGAACUUGGACAAGGGCGUAUCAAAGAGGAAUCAUUGGGGAAGUAGGGACAAAGAGGAUUCUGAUGUGUCAAAUGUUGAGCCCGCCCUUACAUCUAAAGUUGAUGAAAUGAACUCGGAUACUUCAGAAGGAGAGGAUGUUGAAAAAGUGGAUGAAAAUGUGACAGAUGAGGGGGAAUCUGACAAGGAAGUGAAGUCAGUUUCCAAAAGAAAACGAUUGGAAGAUGCAGAAGAAAGUCCACAUCACACUGAGGAAUCUGAUGAAGAGAAUCCUGAUUCUGAAGGGAGGCCUGCUGAAGAUAUACUGCAAGAUGCUCAAAAUGGCAAUGAGGAGGAACAUCAUUCAGAAGAGAAACAAGCAGAUGAACUCAGCAGAGGCUCAAGAGAGGCUAAUGAGGAAGAUCCGUCAGAUUCUGAAGGGAAUCAAGAAAAAGAUGACAGUGCUGGUAGUCCCAUAAAACAGGAGAAACCCCAUGUAGAGCCUUCGAGUCCUGAUGAUGCUGGGGAUCCCGAAAUUUCUGAUGAUGAGCCUCUUAGCAAGUGGACGGAUCGAGUAGUGAAGAGGGGUUCAAGGCGAGCACGAUAAGUGGUCUAAUCCACUUUUACCAUUUAGCUUUGCUUGGCUGUGGGCGGGGGCUGCAGAUCCUAGUGCAAUCUGGUGGCGUUUACAGUUUGGUGUGGAAAGCAGAGGAAAAAGAAGAAUGGGAAAAGGCUAAUAAAUGUAAUGAGCUGCAGUUGGGUUGGGCGUGAGGUUGGAUUGUAGAUUGUAAAAAUAACAGUGUAGGCAUAUAUAGCUUCCCACUCUAGCUCUAGGUAAAACAAGGUGUUAGUUCGUGUAACAUUGUUGGGGCAUAUCAUUCUACUCUAUAGUAUACUCUACUCUACUAGUGGUAGUGGUAGUGGUAGCUGAGCUGAUGAUAGAUUUUGACAUAUGAUUGCAUCUUCUAUUCUACU